UAAACCACAGUUCUCAGCUCAGCACAUUUAGAAACAUUGCUUAUUUCAACUUCUUUUCAGUCUGCUUUGGAACAGCGAUGCUGCCCGAUUCAACUUCAGCUCUUCUUCUCCUAAGCGUCCUCCUAGAUCACUCCUCUGUUCUGUCCUGUCGGAUUGGGACCCAAAGAGAGUGUGAUGCUGCUCCUUUUGUACCAGGACACAAUCUGGUGGGGCAAAGUUUUGAUAUAGUCACACUGGAGAGAAAAGGAGCUGAUGUGAUUGAUGUGAAGACUUACCUGAGCCCCGGAGACAGCUGUAUUCUCUGCUCUAACCCUCUUCAAAACGAUGCCCUCCAAAAACUUCCAUAUGCUGUUUUGGACUGGAGUGCCAGCAGUGAAUGCAAAAAUGACAUCUCCAGCAGUUAUCACACCUCUGCUAGCUCUCUGGUUGAGGCUUACACAUCCCAAGACGCCAGUGAUUGGACGUUUGGAUUGGAAAUUGAUAAGUAUUUGUUUGACAACUUCAAUGUGGGAGGAACCCGCUCCAAAGGCUACAAGUUCCUUUCACAAAAGAGCAACGAUGAUCGCUACACUUUCAGCAUACACAGUGUUGCCUGCAACCGUUAUGGAUUUAUAUUAUCAACCACACCUCCCUUAAGCUUUAAAUUCAAAAAUCAGUUGGACAUCCUGCCAAGUCACUACAACUACUCCACAAAGAAUGACUACGAAGAGUUCAUACAGACCUAUGGCACACACUAUUUCAGACUGGUUCAUCUUGGAGGGCGACUGAGACGAAUGACAUCUUCACGAAGCUGCUUGUCCUCCCUGAAUGGAUUAACCUCAAGUGAGAUCCAUAACUGUUUAUCUAUGGGUGUUGCUGUUGGCUUGGGGAAGGUGAAACUCUCUAGUGUCCCGAAGUCUUGCAGCAGUGUCCUACAAAACAAGGACUUUGCCACUGGCUACCGCUCUGGUCUCCACCGACACUUCACCAAGGUAUCAGGAGGAAAUGGUUGGUUGGGGAAGUUUUCAAUUUCCCAAAAUGAUUCCAUGGGCUACAUGAACUGGCUAAAGAGCCUGAAAGAACAUCCAGAUGUUGUUUCAUACUCCCUUCGACCUCUCUAUGAGCUCAUUCCAAGCAAGCAACAACAGGAAGAGAUGAAAGCUGCUAUUGAACAUUAUUUGGAGGACAAUGCUUUGUGGAACUUACCCGAAGAACCACACUGUGACGACAUGACUCCUAAUGUGGCCUCUAACUGCUGCCCUCUGCACGUCUCAAGGGGAACUCUAUCAGUGACCAUUGUUCGAGGCUGGGAUCUAUUUGGAGACGAUUUUUCAGUAACUGAUGGCUAUGCCAAGAUGUUCUAUGGUUCCAUACAACGCAGGACCAAAAUGAUCGAAUCCAAUAAUCCGUGGUGGAACGCUGAGUUUAAUUUGGGCAAGGUUGACACAAGCCUGGCUCUGAAGAUUGAGGUUUGGGAUGAAGAUCCGAAAUAUGACGACCUUCUCGUACAGUGCGUGAGGUACCUGAGCCCUGGCACUCACACUUUCACGUGCAAAGGAAAGUAUGGAAACGUUGAGGCUAAAUACACGCUGAAAUGUGACCCGUAUCUGACUGGAGAAAAGUGUAGUCGUUAUAAACCAUCUCCUAAGUGAUAGGGGAUUGGUGAGUUUUGGGAAUGAAAGCAUUUCAUUUCAUCAGAUAACAUUAACUCACUAAAUCUGAUAGAAACUCACAACUUAUACUUAUUCACUUAACUUUGUUAAAGACCUACCUAAA